ACACGAAAUAGCGCGGUGUGGCGUAUUCCCAGCGUAUUCCCACGGCGAACGAUUUCUCGUGACGACCAAGGGGGGCUAUAUAUAUUCGUAAAAGAAGAGAUAUUUUUUUUCUCUCGCAAAAUAGGAUUUAUCGAUUGGUUUGUAAUUUUAGUGCUUCUUCGUGAACUUGACGAAAAAAAGUCGGGAUAAUUUAUUUUUUACGGUGAGUUUGAGGAACAACCAAAAAAAUAGAAACAAAGGUCACGAACGAGCAGUGUACACUUGGAUAUUUGGGACAAAAGUCAACUUACCUGUCAAGUACUGCGUCAAGUUAAUUAUUCGUUACAAUGGACAUUGGCUUUUCGUCUUAUCACAACGGUGGACCGGCACGGGAACAAGAUUUUGGAAGACUUUCGCAAACCGUUGGAACAUCAAUUCUGAAGAUAUCACAAAAUGUUUCUUCAAUGCAAAAAAUGGUCAACCAGUUGGGUGGAUCUACAGAUUCCCAAGAGUUGCGGAAUCAAUUGCAUCAGAUACAACAUUACACUCAACAACUUUCAAAAGACACGCAUGUACAUCUCAGAGAUUUGGCAGCUUUGGCAAGUAAUUCGUCGUCCAGCAGUCCUGGUGAAUUGCGGCAGCGAAAAAUGCAAAAAGAGAGAUUACAAGAUGAAUACACAAGCGCUCUCAACAGCUUCCAGGCGGUGCAAAGACUGGCAGCUUCGAAAGAGAAGGAAAUGGUGAAAUCAGCAAAAGCAAGUGCAGGCAUUGGGACAUUCGGCGAAAAGAAGCAAGAGACUUUGAUUGAGCUGCAAGACAACAGAACCCAAAAACAAAUACAACAGCAACAUUUGCAAGAUGAGCAAAAUUUACGAAUGUUGGAGGAGCAGGAGGCGAGCAUACGUAAACUCGAAACCGACAUCAGCGACGUGAAUCAAAUAUUCAAAGAUCUCGGAGCGAUGGUGCACGAUCAGGGUGAGGUGAUCGAUUCGAUUGAGGCAUCGGUGGAAAGAACGGAAGUAUUCGUAAACGAGGGUUCGCAGCAAUUACGAACGGCGGCAACGUAUCAAAACAAACUGCGUAAGAAAAAGUGUAUUCUCGUGCUUAUCGGAGCGAUAGCACUUUCGAUUCUAAUCGCUGUUAUUGUAUGGCAGAGUUCUUAAGGUGAAUGAUUUUGACUCGAGAGAAAAAAAAACAAGAAAGCAGAAGAGGAAAAGACGUUAUAGAAUUGGUAAAGCGCUAUAUAAGCGAGUAUGUGUGUGUGUGUGUGCGUGUGUGCUGUUAACGAGAGAAUGAGAUAAAGAAAGAGAGAAAAGGGGCGUUUCCUGAGCUUGCUGAAAACGGUAUUGAAGAUUUCAUUGUUGGAGGGCAGCGAAAUUCAUUUCGUCAAGUCUCAAAUUCGAUUCUAUUUAACUGAGAACUUUUUGAUCUAAAUUUCGUCAAGUUCUCAGAAAAUACCUUAAAACAAUGACUAAUUUUCGAAGUUUCUUACUUUAGCCAAAGAAAUAUUGUUUAAAAAUCUUGCUGCGUCCGACAGUGGAAAUCUCAGGAUCAUUGCUAAUUGAAUCGAAGAUGUGUUUCGAAAUUAUAAUGCAACAUAUAACAAUGAAGAAAUGCUAAAAUACAGAGUAUAAUAAUUUGCAAUAUAAAUAUCUAUCGUUUAAAGAAGAAACAAUUAUUUUUUCGCAGUCAUUUUGAAUGAUUUUUAUUUUAUUUGAGAUAAAUGCUCGUGCCUGAAAGAGUGCAUCCCGCGACGUCCUGCAUUUUUACUAUAUUUAAUUAAUAAUCAUGAAGUGUUAAACUACAAAUGACGAGAGUGAAGAAAAUGUGGUCAGUUUGGCGAGCAGAAAACUGAACAAAUUCUAAGGUGCGGCUCUGUCGAUCAACACCAUCGUUGGUUGCAUAAAAUUGACUCUUCACCAACAUCAAAUUCCAAUGAUUGGGGAAAAAAACAAAAACUAAAUCUGUACACGCGUAAAUGAAGGUCUAAUCGACAUUAUUGUUAUUAUUAUUAUUAUUAUUAAUACCAUUAUUAUGUACUCGAAGAGUACGUAAUUGACACUCCAUAGAAAAUAUAUAUAAACGUAUGUGAAACAUU